CGAGUGCAUCGUGGACAAAAUAAACGUAGCUACCAUAUAGGUGAGAGAUUGUAGGUCUCAGUUGUUUGCGGGAAACUAAUUUCACAGGAAACUCGGGACACAUUUGGUCAGUGAUGCAGCUAAGGCAUUUUUUUUUGAAAAGAAAGUGUUAGCUGCUAAGUUUUUUUUCCGGAUACUCCACCGUGACUUCCGUGUUGUUAACAAGGUUCAAGGUAGCUAAGAUUAACAGGCCCGUUUAAUUAACAGUAGAGUUAUAAAAACAGUAAGCAACCGAAGUCAUUAUUGCUAAUACGACACCCUGAAAGAUUUCUUAUUCAGUACUCAGAUUUUGAAAGCACACGCUGGUCACACUGGAUGGCCCAGCUGGUAACAGUUGGGGCCAGUUGUUAACAACCUUUGAGCCUGUACGUGUAACGUCAGUCCACAAUGGCCAGUCAUUUUCGCAGCUACAUCUGGGAUCCGGUCCUCAUAGUGAGUCAGAUUGUGUUGAUGCAGUGCAUCUACUACAGCUUCUUGGGCCUGUGGUUAGCUGGAGUGGACAGUCUGGUGCAAUCUAGUCGGUCACUGGACCAGAUCUUCAGUUAUGAAGUUCUUGGUUUUGCAACAAUGCAGGGCAGGCUUAUACUGAUGGCAUUCAUCUUGAACUCUCUAACCUGCGCACUCGGUCUGUGGCUCUUCAUCCGUCGGGGGAAACAGUGUCUGGACUUCACAGUCACUGUGCACUUCUUCCAUAUGAUCGGCUGCUGGAUAUAUAAUGCUCAUCUUCCAGCUGCCCUAUCCUGGUGGCUCGUCAAUGUAGCCUGUAUGGCGUUGAUGGCUGUAAUCGGAGAGUACCUGUGCAUGCAAACUGAGCUAAGGGCUAUUCCAGUUAAUAGCGGACCCAAAUCUAACCUGUGAAUUGUUGUUGACACCAUGCCAAAAUUCUAUGGACAGUUAACCCCUGAGGAACUUUGUCAGAAAAGGCUUUUUACUUCUUGCAAAAGAAAUGAAGUAUGUACCUCCAGCAGCUAAGACGUUGGAUCGUCAUCCAUCUCAGCUUCAAGUGACACACCAGAUGAAUUGAUGUAUUUAUUCAUAGCUGUCUGCCAAAUGUUGGACAGUAUUAACUCUGUAGCAUAUGAGAUACAUGUUUUAUUGCUUAUAAAAGCAGACAUUAGUUUACACAUCUCUCUGAACCUAAUAACUAUACACUUUAUUCAAAUUAAUAGGAUUUUGUUUUCAUUUUAGCAUGAGCACCCCAUUCCAUUAUUUUAAGAAUUGCAAUAUUUUUAGUUUUUUUUCUGGGUAUGUGCACCCAGAAAUGAAAAAUUGAAACUUGAGAGCAGAUACAUGUGUCUUAAAAAGUAGCAGAAGAGCAACAGCAGUGACAUUUUUUUUCUCUUUGUGUUGGUAUUAUUACAAGACUACUGGGUUGGAAAACAAACAUGACCAUCAUGUUACAGGAUAUUUUGGUUUUAAAAUUAAAGAGUUCCACUUGCACCUCACUGCACUUUAAAGUUGUCAGUGUACAAAAUCACCUCCAUCACAGCUUUUAACACGUUUUUUUACCAGGUCGUCUUUAGGUUUAAUGUUGGUUAAUAGGUUCAGUGUUCAAACAGGAAUACUAUAGUUUUCUGAGACAGUAAUCGAUCAUUGUAUCAAUCAAAAUGUAGGAAAAAGUAUUCUUCUUUAUAAUCUCUCAACACAUUAUCAUUAGUCGGGCUUAUUUUUAGCUUUCUGGAUUAAGUUUGCACUUUCAGUCUCCCAAGGCCUUCCUUGUCAAACUUGUACUACAUUUUGCACAGCUAGUGCUGUUUGUUUCCGUCUUAGUGACAUGAUGUAUUAUGCAGACAUGGUGGCCACUUUGGGGACAGUCUGUCAGUUACCAGCUGUGUUCUGACAACAGACUUUGUCUCUGAUUCUGAAAACAUUCACUGUUUGUGGAACAAUAUCCGUUUUGUCAUUCAGCGAUGGCUUUUUAAAACUUGUCUAGGUGAAUCGCCUGUUACUUGAGUAUUACAGGUCUUUUAACACA